CUCUCCAAGCUCAUACACCAAACCAAAGUAAGUGUUCUAAGAGUGAGCAACUUCAAAACACCAUAGUGAGAAAUGACUUCCAAGGGUGCAAUUCUCUUGUGUCUCAAUGUUCUCUUCUUCACUGUGGUUAGUUCCACAUAUGUUCCAUGCAACCCACCCCCCAAAACUCCCAAACACCCACCUGUCCCAAAGCCACCUUCCCCAAAGCAAGUUUCUUGCCCCAAGGACACUGUUAAGUUUGGUGUGUGUGCUGAUGUGUUAGGUUUGAUUAACGUGCAACUAGGGAAGCCACCAAAAACCCCAUGCUGCAGCCUCAUUCAGGGUCUUGCUGAUCUUGAAGCUGCAGUGUGCCUUUGCACUGCUCUCAAGGCUAAUGUGUUGGGCAUCAACCUCAAUGUUCCAGUGAACUUGAGCUUGCUUCUCAACUACUGUGGAAAGGGUGUUCCCAAGGGAUUCGUCUGCUACUAAAUCAACACUUCUAAUGUGUAGUUUCUUAAUGUUAAGUAUGUCUUAAGGUUCUAUAUUUUGCUAUAUUCGUCAUUCAUCAAUCUAUGAACUUUGUUGUUUUGUUUUUCCGUCUGGCACGUGCCAUUUAUAGCCAACGAACAUUUCGUUCGCAAUUGGUUAUUAUUAUUAUUAUUAUUAUUGUGAUGGUUGAAACUUGAAAGUCUUCUCGUGGUCUUUCUUGUAGCCUCCCUCACACUACUCCUUUUGUAUUCUAAGUGAAAAUUUAUACUAAUAAAAAUUCUACAUUUAAGCUAA